GCAAUCAUGGAAUCAAGGCAACUAAAUGAAGAUUUGAAUAAUGAGACCUUGAAUGAUAGCAACUGUGAUGUUUACAUCUGCCGCAACACAGCCAAAUUUCUUUUCCCAAUUUUUUACCUGGUUGUGUUUCUUGUUGGCAUAUUUGGAAAUGUACUAGUCCUUUACAUCACCUUUCAAAAACAGCAAAAGGUCAACUCGACUAGCCUUUACUUAACCAACCUGGCAGUUUCAGACACCUUGUUCACUCUGGCCUUGCCUGGAAGAAUAACCUACUACAUCAGGGAGUUUGAUUGGCCUUUUGGUGAUUUAAUGUGCAGGAUUACCACUGUCAUAUUUUACACAAACACCUAUGUGGGCAUCGCAAUAAUGACUUGCAUAAGCAUUGACCGCUACCUUGCGAUGGUUCACCCCCAUCGUCUCACAAAGCUUAGAAGUGUUGAGGUUGUGAGGAUAAUCUGUGGCCUUGUUUGGUUCUUGGUGUUUUGUCAGACAGCACCUCUGCUCCUCAAGAAAAUGGUGAGGACCGUGGAUGGCAAGGAAACAUGCAUGGAGUACUUCAACUUUGAAGCAUCUCUAAAACUGCCCUACCUGCUGUUGCUCGCCUGCACCAUCAGUUACUGCAUUCCUUUGGGGGUCAUUGCGUGCUGCUACACAAAAAUCAACCUGAAACUGUUCAAAGCUGCAAAACACAAUCCAAUAACUAGCAGAUUUGGUCGCAAUAAAAGAGCCACCAACAUCAUACUUCUCAUCCUUAUUACCUUUGUACUGUGUUUCAGCCCCUACCACAUAAUCAUCAUGCAGUUCAUGAUCAGGAAGAUUUAUUACCAGCCAACCUGUGAGGAACUAAAAGCCUUCAAGAUGUCUCUUCAGGUCACAGUGUCCAUAAUGAACAUGAAUUGUUGCUUAGAUCCAAUUAUCUACUUUUUUGCUGUGAAAAGCUACAAACAAAAGCUCAUUAGCUUGUUCAAGACUUACAUUUACACGUCUACUUUUUCAUCAAAAACACCUUCUGACAACAGCAGCAUUAGCUAAAUUGGCAUUUUUGGCCUUAAUGCAGAUUUUGGCAAGUCAUCUUUCUCC